AUGCCAGUUAAGAUCGAUCUUUGGUAUCAACUUGUACCUGUCAAUAGAUACCAUAUUUUAUACGUCGUCGUUUCGAUAAUUACGUUAACUUCGGCGUUAAACGUACCAAAUUCGUCGGAAGAAACAAGAGAAAGGAUACCAACGAAAGAUAUUAAUAAUCAAAAAUCGCUUAUCAACGAAGAAAGUAUAAAAUCGUUAACUCCUGAUAAUUACGUUCCGGCGUCACGUUCUCAGACAUUGGAGAGAGAACAUUAUUCCCAAGUACCGAUCAAUCAGAAUUCAGUUACAGGUGGGUCAUUCUCGUCACCUUAUCAAGCAAAACAACCUUUCGCGAACACUGUGCGUUUCUCAACUCCAUACUUUGAACACGGUUUUGUUAAUCCCGAUGCCAUAAAACCAACGUUACAACUGAGACCCAUCGCAUCAUCUCAAAUACAAAAAUUACGAGAAACCAAUACAAAUUCGAACGACGAUGAGAACGAUCGAAAGAAAAUAAUAGGAGGGAUUUCUGGCGUUACAAAUUAUGACUAUCCAUUUUUGUCGAGCCAACAGAAAUUCGUUCCAUCAUUCUCUGACAUUGCCAACAAUCAAAAAGAAAUUCCUACCAAUGACGUUCAACUACCUGUAUACAGGACUCAUUAUCCAGGACCAAAAAACUCUGACUACGUUUUUACUACUUAUACGCCAAGUCAUCAAAGCGUAUCUAAUCUGGAAACGAAACUACAUCAAUAUUUUCCAGAAAACGAAGCUACUACUACAACGAAGAAAAUCACGUUGCCUGUUAAAAAUUCUCAAUAUAUGCCGGUAUAUCUGAGAACAUUUGAAAACAAACCGGUGCUUUUAAAUCACGAUCUUAAUUAUCUACAACCAAAUUUGAAUUUUGGUUUCAUUGGUGCAAAAGAGAAAACGAUCGCGCAAGCAGCUAACAAUAUUUCACCUUUCCAAUCGUCCAUUUCGAGCUUUCAGGGCCAAGUGAUUCCUAUUCAGACGGCCAGCAGCACUCCACAAUUUCCACAAUACAAAGGUGCAGCUGUGGCAACCUAUCCAGUUUCUCUCGAUCUUGCAAAGAUACCACGUACCUACGAGCCCCUUCGUACCCAACCGCAAUUACAUUUUCAAAACGUGCUGGCUACACCUAUUGUUAAUCCUUAUCAAAACGUGAAUUUGAAUUCGAAAGCUGCCGAGGAGAUACGUGACGAUGUUGAGAUUAUUAACAAGAAACCACCGCAACCACCUCGUAAAAAUGACGAAGACGAAUUCGAUGAUGGAGACAAAAGCGUCGAAGCUGAAUACAGCCCAAAUUAUAAUGACGAGGAAGUAUACAGGUCUAAGAAUACGAAGGAAUCAUCUUUGGAAAAUGAUUUUGUUCCGUCUAAGUCAUUUCCUUUCAAGGAAUACGACGAGAAAUUUGGGAAAAAUUUCAAGAAAAAUAAUAAAGACGAUGAGGACGUUAAGUCGAAUUCCGACAAGUUUCAAAGUUACUCAUCAUCUGAGAACGACGAGGAUGGGCGUCCUUCCAAAUAUAGCGAUGAUUAUGAAUCAUCGGAGGCUCGUCGUACUAAUUACGAAAAUGAUGACGAAGAUGAAGAUGGAAAUGAGAGAUACGAGAGCGAACGAGAACCUGAAGAAGAUCGGAAAGAAGAAGCGAACAGAAGCAAAUAUUUUAGAAUAGACUUUGAGAGAGAAUUCGACGAUAUUUACAAAAAACCAUUGACAAAAAAUAAAUAUAUUAACACGAAAGAAGUGCCGGAAGAAAAACGUCAAAAAAGCGGAUUCAAUCGUUACAAAGAAGAAUCCGAUGACGAAGAAAAUAAUUAUCCGUUCAAUUAUAAUCGAAAGAAGAAUUAUCGAAAUUUAGAUGACACAAGAAAAAGAUCAACUGAUAUUUUAUCAAAUCCCAAUCCGAUUGGAAGAGAAUUGACGAGUAAUUACGGUGGAUUUUACGUUCCGAGUAUAAUUAAUAGUAAAAUUCGAACACUCAGCAACGAGAAAGUAUUUCGCGAUUUAACAGGAAUCUAAAAGAGAAAAUUAA